GCCUGUGAUAGCACGAGCCGUUACCCUGGUUUGUAGUUUUUCGUGAGUUUGUAGUUUCACUUUGAGCUUCGGGUCCCGGACGGAAAAAACAAAACACAAAACACCUUCUGGAGAAACGAAACCGAAGAAGCGUCGGCAGCAGCAGCGCGGAGCCGGGGCCCGACGCGCGGACACACUUUGACACGAGCGCGGGGGAGAAAAGUUUGUGCGGGUUUCGGGCUCAAAACUGUUGUUGUUGUUAGCCGUUAGCCGUUAGCAUGGAGAGCGGCGGCGGCGGCGGGGGAAACGUGCGCAGCCCCGCGGACCGAGCGGCGGACAGACUCAUGGACGAACACCUCCGGUCUCUGGGCCUGCAGCGGAAGAAGAUCGCCAAGGACGGUUCGUGUUUGUUCCGGGCCGUGGCAGAACAGGUUCUUCACUGCCAGAGCCGUCACCUCGAGGUCCGACACAAAUGUGUGGAGUUUCUGAGGAAAAACCGGAAGAGCUACGAAGCCUUUAUCGAAGGAGACUUUGAGGAAUAUUUACACAAACUACAGGAUCCACAGCAGUGGGUGGGAGAAGUGGAGAUCAACGCUCUGGCCAUGAUGUACAAGAGGGACUUUUGGAUUUUCCAGGAGCCCGGGAAACCUGCCGUUAACAUCACGGCCAACGGCUUCCACGACAAGGUGCAGUUGUGUUUUCUGAACGGGAAUCACUACGACAGCAUUUAUCCUCUGAGCCGGGUCAAGAACACCGCCGUGUGUCAGUCGAUCCUGUACGAGCUGCUGUACGAGCGUGUGUUCGGCGUGGACCGCGCACACAUGGACCGCCUGUGCCACAGAGCCUCCAAACCCUCCGACCUGCUCAUUGACGACGCCAUGCCGCCGUGUCCGAGCAGCGACGACUCCGACGCCGAGACGGACGCUCGCAGACAAGAGAACGGGACGUGUGCAGCGGCGCUCAAAUCCAAGGGUCGAGGUCGCGGUCGAUCUUUGUCUGAACGAGUCAAACGAUCUCUGAACCCGACUCUGCUCCGGAACGUCCAGUACGACGUGUGGACGCGCUCCAAGAAGGCUCAGCAGAAGAUGGACUUUUGUAUCGCCUCAGGGAUGCAGUACAACGUGGGAGACCGCUGCCAGGUGUUGGAGUCGAGCGGGCAGAUGGUCGGUGCGACGGUGAGGAAGCUUCCUCUGGAUCACAGCGGUGACCUGGUGACCGUUUACACCGAGGACCAGAGGGAACUGAGUGUCCCCGUGUGGAAACUGCGCGCUCCCCCAGAGACGACCUGGAGCACCGUGGUCCGAGAGAAGAGGGUCACUAACGGAGCCGGAGAGUGGGAGCACCGCGGCCGGGGCAGAGGGACUAAAGCCUCGUCCGCUCCCCCCGGCGCGGCUCAGGGCACAGCGCCACCUGCGGGACGAGGGCCCAAGCAGCAGCAGCACUCGACCUGGACCCAAGCGCAGCCCCCCCUGGAGGAGCGAGAGGCACCGAGCAGUAAGUCUGAGCCCGUGUCGUUCGGUCUGACCCUGGAGCAGCGUCUGGCCAAAGAGGAGGAAGAGAGAAACGCCGCUUUAGUGGAGCUGCAGUUCCCAGACGACAGGAGCUUCCCUGCCCUCGGAGCUCAGACUGGAGGCCCGAGCGACGGAGGGAGGAAGAGAGGAGGAGGAGGAGGAGGAGGAGGAGGAGGAGAGAAGAGACGCUCGCAGAAAAACAGGAAAAGUCCAGUUGAAGACGUCACUUCAGGGGAUCGUCCCAGUUCUUCCUCUCCUCCUCUUCCCUCCUCCUCUCCCUCUGCUCUUCCUCUCUCCUCUGCGUCUCCAACCCGCCCCCGCCGCCCCCGCCCCCAAAACCAAAGGCACACUCCAAACCCUCGCUGCCGGAUGGUCCCUUCGUCCGCCUCCCAUUUCUCCUUCGUGACCCCGGUUCUCCCGGCCGCGUCCAACUCCUCCGCCUCCUCCUCGGGCGGCUCCUCGUUGGCUCCUAAGGCCCCCCCCUCGUCUCCUCCCACCUUCAUCGCGGCCAUCGCUCCGACUCCCGACGCCGCUCAGGGUCUGAUGGGUCGGACCACGCCGAGUCCUCCUUCGGCCGCCGCCGCGGUCGCCCACAGUCCUCCGGUGGUGACAGACGCUCUGGUUCAAGCAGCAGACGCAACAAGGAAUCUGCAGAAACCAUCUCACACUGAAACCUCUGAGCCCCAAGAACCACCCACCAGUCAAAACCCGGUCCACAACCAGACCCAAGACCCAGUCCCAGACCUGAGGACAGUCCAGACCAAAGCCCCUCAAGUCCCUCAAGUCCCUCAAGUCCCUCAAGUUCCUCCAGCCAUAAACCACCAAACGAUGCCUCAGAUCCCACCAUCCCACUCUCCUCCUCCUCCUGCCCCCCCCACCUCGUUUCCUCCGUCCCUCCCCCAGAACGAUCCGUCUGUCCCGGCCGCCUUCUCCCUCCAGGACCCCCCGCCUCCGCCCGCCCCCCAGCCCCAGACGGAGCCCCAGACCGCGGUGCCUCUCCCGACCGCGGCCCCCCCUCCGUCCCCGGCCCCCCCUCCGUCCCUGCCGCCCGCCCAGCAUCACUACCUGCCCCCCCCCAUCCCGCUCCAGCAGCAGUUGGCUCCGUUCUUCCAGGAUCCUCUGUAUCCCGGGUUUCCGCAGGGACCCAAGGGACAGGUGGCCCCGACUCCGCCCAUGUCCACCAGCCAAUCAGGAGACGACCUGCCGACAGAUACAAACAUUUUAAGAUUCUUCUUCAACCUCGGAAUAAAGGCGUACACUCUCCCGAUGCAUCCUCCGGUCAUGUACCUGCUCCCGCUGCAGCAGGCUCACACCCUGCAGCCCCGAGCCGUGUCCCGCUCGCCCUCGCCGCUGCACCACGCCCACGAGCCCGCCUACCCGCCCUUUAACCCCGCCCCACAGGCCCCACCCACCCCGCAGGCUCCUCCCACCUCGUAUCCCCCCGAGCCGCCCGCAUCUGCCCCUAAUUAUAACCCCGCCCACAACUCCCCAGACCCCGCCCCUUCUACCUAUAACCCCGCCCACAACCAUCCAGACCCCGCCCCUUCUGCCUAUAACCCCGCCCCCAACCCUCCAGACCCCACCCUUUCUGCCUACAACCCCGCCCACAACCCCCAGACCCCGCCCCUUCUUCCUACAGCAUGUUUGACCACGCCCAUUCCAAUCAUCAGGCUCCUCCCACUUCCUACAGCCAGCCCCGCCCCUCCCAGCCCCCGCCGGAGCCGCUGUAUCACGCGGCGUACGCCCCGUCCCCGCACGUGUCCUGGCAGCAGCCCCACGCCAGCGCGCCGUACCCGGGCUCGUACCCCCCCUACACCCAGACGAGCUUCUACCAGAGCCACCACCACCACGGCUCCAACCAGGGCCCCCCGGAGCCGCCGCAGCACGCCAACGGAGACACGCUGCCGGGGCUGAGGGCGCCCAGGCUCCCCGGCGCCGUCGACGGGUCCACCUCGGCCAACGUGACCAACGGAGGUCGAGUGUCGCUGCCGAGCGUCUCCGCGUGUGGUCACUCAAACCAGGACGGUGGGGAGAACAUGGUGCUGCUGGUGGAUCCUCCUCUGGACAAACCCAU